UGCUUUUGGUACAAGACUACACGCAUAUUUGGACUCCUUAUUGUUUGGACAAAGACAAAAAAAUCCAGGAAGAAUGGUAUCUGCCGGGCUACAGAUGUUGGGCACAGCCCUGGCCAUCAUUGGCUGGAUCCUGACUAUCGUGACUUGUGCCCUGCCCAUGUGGAAGGUCACAGCUUUCAUUGGGAACAACAUUGUGACGGCGCAGAUCAACUGGGAGGGUAUCUGGAUGGCCUGCGUGGUGCAAAGCACUGGACAGAUGCAGUGCAAGGUCUACGACUCUAUGUUGGCUCUCAGCUCAGACCUGCAGGCCGCCCGCGCACUAUGCGUCAUUUCCAUUUUGCUUGGUGUCAUGGGGAUCCUCCUGGCCAUCGCUGGUGGCAAGUGCACCAACUGUGUGGAGGAUGAAAGCUCCAAAGCAAAGGUGGGCAUCACAGCCGGUGUGGUCUUCAUCAUCUGUGGUAUCCUGUGUCUGAUUCCCGUCUGCUGGUCAGCCAACAGCAUUAUCAGUGAUUUCUACAAUCCCUUAGUGCCUGGUGCACAGAAGUAUGAGAUCGGAGCUUCUCUGUACAUUGGAUGGGCCGCUGCUGCUCUGUUGCUCAUCGGAGGAGGCUUGCUCUGCUGCAACUGUCCACCUAAAGACAACUACACUGCGAAGUACUCAGCACCCAAAUCAGCAGGUUCCAAAGGCUACGUGUGAUCCUUUAAAAAGAUGCUUCAACUCUGGACUCGAUUUUCAUGAUAUGCUGUAUUUUGGCCAGCUGAUAUAGAUGGUGUAUUCUUUAUUGUCCUGUAUUUUAUUAGCUGACCACCAUAGUCGUGACAGUACAAAGAUUGAACGCUACAAGCUGUAGCGGAACAAGCAAUGUCAUGACAAACGGCAGCGUCUGUCAAGUUGGGUGUUGCCCUUUGGGGUUCUUUGUUUUUUUGUUUUGUUUUUAAUAA